UAGUCCCAGAGCGCUGUCUGUGGUUCGGUGUGGGGUCUGCGUCUACUGUAAGAACGCAAUUUUAUCACCGGACAUAUAACGUUAAAUACUAGUUACACGAUGGCUACUGAAGUUGUGGAUGAUAGAGAGAUGAGGGAGGCGCAACGGGAUUAUUUGGAUUUCCUUGACGACGAUCAAGAUCAGGGCAUCUACCAGAGCAAAGUGCGGGACAUGAUCAGUGAGAACAAGUUCCGCUUGAUUGUCAACAUUAACGACCUACGACGUCGCAAUGAGACCCGUGCUAUGAGGUUGCUGAACAGUUCAUUCGAGGAGCUGCUGGCCUUUCACCGGGCUCUGAAGGACCUGGUGUCUUCAGUCGAUGCCACGUAUGCCAAGCAGCACGAGGAGUUCUUCAUUGGCCUGGAGGGAAGCUUUGGGAACAAGCAUGUCACCCCCCGGACCCUCACCUCUCGCCUGCUGGGCAGCACAGUCUGUGUGGAGGGCAUUGUCACCAAAUGCUCACUAGUCUGUCCCAAAGUGGUGCGUAGUGUCCACUACUGUCCCACCACCAAGAAGACCAUGGAGCGAAAGUUCACUGAUAUGACCUCCUUGGAUGCCUUCCCAUCCAGUGCCAUCUACCCCACUAAGGAUGAGGAGAACAACCCUCUGGAGACAGAAUUUGGGCUCUCCAUCUACAAAGACCACCAGACCAUCACUGUCCAGGAGAUGCCCGAGAAGGCCCCAGCCGGCCAGCUGCCGCGCUCUGUCAAUGUCAUCCUUGACAAUGACCUUGUCGAUGUGGUCAAACCUGGUGAUCGGGUGCAGGUCAUCGGUACUUUCCGCUGCUUGCCUGGGAAGAAGGGCGGCUUUACUUCUGGCACAUUCAGGACCGUCCUUAUUGCCUGCCAGGUAAAGCAGUUGAGUAAGGAGGUAUCCCCCCUUUUCUCUGCGGAUGAUGUGGCCAAGAUCAAGUCCUUCAGCCAGUCAUGCUCUAAGGAUGUGUUUAAGCAGUUGGCCCGCUCCCUGGCUCCCAGCAUCCAUGGGCAUGAGUACAUUAAGAAGGCCAUCCUAUGCAUGCUUUUGGGAGGGGUGGAGAAAGUUCUGGAAAACGGCUCACGAAUCAGAGGGGACAUCAACGUGCUGCUCAUAGGUGACCCCUCUGUGGCCAAGUCACAGCUCCUACGCUAUGUGCUGCAUACGGCCCCGCGGGCAAUCCCCACGACUGGCCGUGGCUCCUCUGGAGUUGGUCUCACCGCCGCUGUCACCACUGACCAGGAGACUGGUGAGCGCCGUCUGGAGGCGGGGGCCAUGGUGCUUGGUGACCGGGGCGUGGUGUGCAUCGACGAGUUUGACAAGAUGUCUGACAUGGAUCGCACUGCCAUCCACGAGGUGAUGGAGCAAGGUCGUGUCACAAUUGCCAAGGCAGGCAUCCACGCCCGUCUCAAUGCCCGCUGCAGUGUCCUUGCAGCAGCUAACCCAGUCUACGGCAGGUAUGACCAGUAUAAGACCCCCAUGGAGAACAUUGGGCUGCAGGACUCUCUGCUGUCCCGCUUUGACUUGCUCUUCAUCAUGCUGGACCAGAUGGACCCAGAGCAGGACCGUGAAAUUUCAGAUCAUGUGCUGCGCAUGCAUCGCUACCGCAACCCUGGCGAGGAUGAUGGUACAGCAUUAGCUCUAGGUGGGACGGUGGAUGUUUUGGCUACAGAUGACCCAAACAUGGUUGAGGAGCAGCAGGAGGAGCUGCAAGUAUAUGAGAAACACAACAGCCUGCUACAUGGGAACCGAAGACGCAGGGAGAAGGUGGUGAGCAAGGAGUUCAUGCGGAAAUACAUACACGUGGCCAAAGUCAUCACGCCAAUGCUGACACAGGAGGCAGCUAGUCACAUUGCGGAAGAGUACUCCCGGCUGCGUAGUCAGGAACAGCUGGGCUUGGACGUCGCAAGGACGUCCCCUGUGACAGCUAGAACGCUGGAGACGCUGAUCCGCCUGUCCACAGCUCAUGCCAAGGCUCGCAUGAGUAAAGCUGUGGAGCUGGAGGACACCGAGGUUGCCGUGGAGCUGGUGCAGUUUGCCUACUUCAAGAAGGUCCUGGAGAAAGCCAGGCGGCGCUCCAAGCAGGAGGGCCAGGACACACAAUGUGAGGAAGAUGAUGAUGAUGAAGAAGGGCAAGGAGUGUCUCAGCCCCCAAGGAAGAGGAGUCGCCGUUCUGCUGAGACGAGACCUCAGGGAAGUGACCCAUAUGACCCCUAUGAUUUUACAGAAGUGCAGGAACAUCCUGAAAUUCAAGCUGGGACCCCAAGGGCCAGCGAGGAGGCAAUGGAGCCCACAGAACAAGAUGGGCAGAUGCAGAUGACUGCAGACAGGUUGAAGGAGUUUAAGGCAGCGCUGCUGGAGACCUUCCACUCUGCCCAUGCACAGUCUGUUACCAUCAAUGCGCUGAUGGAAACUAUCAACAAGGGCAACAAAACUGCUUUCACCCCCGCUGAGGUGCAGGCUGCUCUGGACUGCAUGCAAGAUGACAACCAGGUCAUGGUGUCCAGCGACAUCAUCUUUCUCAUAUGAGACAAUGGGUCUGAAUUUCCCUUGGUAAUAGCAGAGGUCUUGCUGUUGGUCCUGCUAAUGCUCUGGCUGGUUAGGCAGUUCCUUUUUCCAAACCUCACUGCAUUUAAAGGUGGUAAAAUUGACCUCUAUAUAGAUCUGGUUGCUUCAGUUUUGUGCUACCAUUUUAUUUGAUUGCUUUGGUCUUUUUUUAUACAGUCCUUCCAAAAGAAAGGAAUUUGAAAUUCAAUUGAAUCAAUUAGUUUGUGUGAAAUGUAUUGUGUUUUCCUAAAGGAAUAUACCAAUGUUUUGGGAAAUGUACCUUUUUUCGGACGAAGACGAGAUGUUUGAUUUCAUUUUAGUUUUUGUGCAUUUACUGACUUGGUUUCCAUCUCAGCACAACGUGUUAGCUUAGCAUAAAGACUUGAAGCCUAUAGUCAGUAGCCUACCUUCUUCAAAGUGAAGAAAUACACCUUACAGCAACCCCAAAGUUGUCGUAUUUACACGAGGUAUCGUGUAUUUCAAAAACGCCUGUGGGGAAUUUUUUUUUUUUUUUUUUAAACAAAAGAUGUUGUUUUCAGAGAAGUUAGACAUUUGGAACUAUAACAUGCGUGUCCUUCAGUCUGUUGGAAACAUUUCUCCAAAUGUUGAUGUAUUCCUUUUAAUUAUGUGUGUUAAAAUCCAAAAUUAAAUAAAUAAAAAAGGUAUGCCAUAAAGCA